GUGACUGCUAGUGAUAUUACCUCGAGCUUUAAAGCUACGCAGGCCAAAUAACAUAUAACUAUCUUUCUGUUAACAAAUUAGACAAAAGUUUGAUGCUUUUGAUUUUUAAACUUAGAAUGCAGCACAAGGGUUUCUAUUCUAUGGUACAAAGGGUUAAAGCAAAUGAUCAGAUUGUUUAGAACUAUGAUUGCAAGAUAAGGCAUUAUCAACGCCAAAGGGCUUACAUUGAUGAUCAGAGCUCACUAACUUAGAAGGUAAAUAAAUAAGCUAGAGUGCUAGACUGAGCGGCCUUUUCUAUAGAAAAGAAGGUAGAUACUCCCUCCUUUCCGGUUUAAAGGGCUUAUCUUAAGAAAAGAAAAAUGGUGGUUUAAAGGACCUAUAUCAAUAUUAUUAUUUUUGCGGUUUAAAGGGUCCAUCUCCAUCAUCUGUUUAGAUUUAGAGACACAUUUCUGCACUGAGGUUUAAGGGUGUAAGGGACCUAUAUCAAUAUUAUUAUUUUUGCAGUUUAAAGGGUCCAUCUCCAUCAUCUGUUUAGAUUUCGAGACACCCUUAAACGCUCAACCCAUAAACCAGGGAGUGAGUACUUCAGACUCAUUUCUGCCAAAACAAGAUCCAAAGUAGGGACUUGUUUUGAAGGUUUAAGGGUGUCAGGUGUAUGGUUCUACUGCUUUAAAACAUGUACUUCCCGCACUGAGCAUUAACACAGUUACUAUGUCACUUGGAGAAGGUAUGGAGAGAGGCUACCUUGUGUGGAUAUCUUCGUAUGCACGGCAGAUCCACACUCAGAGCCACCAAGUCUUGUCAUCUCCACCGUCCUAUCGCUCAUGGCAUACAAUUACCCAGCCGAAAAAAUUAGUGUGUACCUUUCGGACGACGGAGGUUCGAUUCUCACUUUCUAUGCUCUGUGGGAGGCCUCCUUAUUUGCAAAGCACUGGAUACCAUUCUGCAAGAGAUAUAACAUUGAGCCAAGGUCACCAGCCGCUUACUUCUCAGAGUCAGAUGGGCAUCAAGAUUUGUGCAGCCCAGAGGAAUGGUCACUUAUCAGGGAGAUGUAUGAAGCUAUGACUGAGCGAAUUGAUACAGCUGUUUUGUCAGGUAAAAUUUCGGAGGAAGUCAAAGCAAAUGAUAAAGGAUUUCAUGAAUGGGAUCAAGAAAAUACCUCAAAAAAUCACCAAGCAACUGUUCAGAUUCUGAUAGAGGGCAAAGACAAAAAUGCAAAUGAUGACGAAGGAAAUGUGCUACCAACACUUGUAUACAUGGCACGGGAGAAGCGGCCUCAGCACCACCAUAAUUUCAAAGCUGGGGCAAUGAAUGCUCUGAUAAGAGUGUCAUCAGUGAUAAGCAACAGCCCUAUCAUCAUGAAUGUGGACUGUGAUAUGUAUUCCAACAAUUGCGAUACAAUCAGAGAUGCACUGUGCUUCUUCCUUGAUGAAGAAAUGGGUCACAAGAUUGGAUUUGUGCAAUUCCCCCAGAACUAUAACAAUUUAACCAAGAAUAAUAUAUAUGGGAACUCCCACCAAGUAACCAAUCAGGUGUUGAUGGGUGGUAUGGAUAGUGUGGGUGGCCCUAUGUAUGUUGGCACUGGAUGUUUCCACAGAAGGGAGAUCCUUUGCGGAAGGAGGUUCACCGAAGACUACAAGGAGGACUGGGACGGAGGAAUCAAAGACAAAACACAAGAGAACAUAGAUGAGAUUGAAGAGAAAGCGAAGUCUUUAGCAGCCUCCACGUAUGAACAUGACACACAGUGGGGAGAUGAGAUUGGGAUCAAAUAUGGUUACCCAGCAGAGGAUAUAAUCACCGGACUGGAAAUACAUUGCAGAGGAUGGAAGUCAGUCCACAGCAAUCCUCCAAGACCAGCAUUUCUGGGUGUAGCUCCAACAACACUUGCUCAGACACUACUGCAACACAAGAGAUGGAGCGAAGGUAGCUUCUCAAUUUUUCUUUCAAAAUACUGCCCCUUCAUGUUUGGGCAUGGAAAAAUCAAGUUACGGCAUCAAAUGGGCUACUCAAUCUAUGGAUUAUGGGCACCCAAUUCAAUCCCAACACUAUAUUAUGUCAUCAUUCCUUCACUAGCUCUCCUCAAAGGCAUCUCCUUGUUCCCAGAGAUUACGAGUCCAUGGAUCACACCCUUCAUAUAUGUCUUAUGUGUGAAGAAUAUGUAUAGCCUGUAUGAGGCAUUAUCAUGUGGAGACACAUUGAAAGGAUGGUGGAACGAACAAAGGAUGUGGAUGGUAAGAAGAAUAACCUCAUAUCUCUAUGGCUUGACUGACACUGUCCGGAAGUUACUAGGACUGUCGAAGAUGACAUUUGCAGUUACAUCAAAGGUAAGUGAACAAAACGAAUCCAAGAGAUACGAGCAAGAAAUCAUGGAAUUCGGGUCAUCAGCUCCAGAAUAUGUGAUCAUUGCAACUGUCGCAUUACUCAACCUUAUUUGUCUGGUCGGAGGGCUUAGUCAAAUUCUGACAGGUGGCCGGAAUAUACUCUUGAAUGUAUUUUCCCCCCAGCUCAUUCUGUGUGGAAUGCUAGUGAUCACCAAUAUCCCAUUCUAUGAAGCAAUGUUCGUGAGGAAGGACAAAGGCAGAAUACCGUUCUCAGUUACAUUAGCUUCUAUUGGCUUUGGGAUGUUGGCUCUGCUCGUACCAAUAGUGUAAGGUCCUACAAGAGGCAUUGAUGUCCAACAAAGUUAUAUUUAUAGAAUUAUGGUUCUCUUGAAGUACACUUCAUCUGAUAAAUUUCUAGACGUACUUUUAUGUAUGAUCAUCUACCUUGAGACUAUCACUUGGUACUGUGCAAGACAUAAUAAUACAUAACAAACAUACUUUAUCA